AUGCAACUGACGUGGAGACAGCUUCUCCUCAUUGCAGGAGGCACAGCGGCGACUGCGGCGUGUCUUUACUAUCUGUUGCGGGAAGAUGGGGCGGAUUCGAAGGAGGCCGAGGGGGAGACGAAGAAGCUCAACGCUAAGGAUGCUUCAAAGGAGCAAGUCGUGACAAUCCUGCGUAGUAUUUUGAAGACGCAGGAGAAGACCAAGGCCUUGAUGAAGGACUUCAUUCAGGAUAUGGUCGAGGAGGACUUGCCGGAUGGCGCGGAAAUAAUAGAGUCCGACGCUGAGGGCGAUGAUGUGCGUACGCUCAGAUUCGAGGAGGCGUACGAGCGGGUUGCGGCGAAGAAUUUGGAAGACCCACUGGAGCAAUACGGCCUGACAAUGCCAGAUUUUGAUGGCUUGUUGGACAAGUAUCAGCAUGACCCACAGAUAAAGGAUUUGAUCAUGCGCAUCAUGAGCUCAUCAGCUUCUCUCGAGCCGAGUGUGCAGGCGCAGCAUUUAAGUAAGGCGAAGAUAAUUGAGGUACACGAGUUCAUGCGGCAGGAACUUCAGAAACUUGUCGAGCACGUGCAGAGAAGCUCAAACCGUGCUAAGUUCGAUGUGAAAAACGUUACGCUGACGGCACAGGCGUACGUUGGAGCGCGUGUCCAGAAAAGGUUCGGGUUGACCUCAGAGGAGGUGGAAUCCGCUGUCUUUUUCAAUCACAAAGAACUUGCUGUAGACGCCGACUUCGUCAGGAUUAAUAUGGGCAUUCAAGCCAUAAUGAAUCAGCUCAUAGUUCCACACUGCGUCAUGUGA